AUGGAGGCCGGUGAUCGAAAAGUUUCAACUGGAACUUUGAACAGGUUGAUACUGGUGGCACAAGCGUUAGAGUCAGAAGUGGAAACCCGACGGAACGAUGACAUCAGUGCUAUCAAAAUCACGUUUUCAAUAAGGGUGGCAAACACAAUUCUUCUCCUCCUAAUAAACGUUUUGAUAUUCUCGGGUUUUGGAAAGUACCAAGUACAAAAAGAUGGACGUUACCAGGACUUGAUGCUUACUGCCGAUAAAUGGACAUACGAUUCCUCAAACGAUGAGCUCCCAGAAACAUUUGUGUACCUACGCCUAAGCGGGCAAUACUUAUCAGCAUGCAUCACGGUGUUCUUGCUCUUUUCAACAAUUUUCCUUCAACUCCUUCAUUUGUGCGGAAUUUCCAUCUCCAGAAUCACGAACAUGUGCUACUCCUUCGGCGCCGUCCCUUUUACAUUAUUCGUGUUUGGUCUGGAAAUGCACUACUCUACGUGUCCCUGGCUCGACGAGUACUUCAUAUCUUACAGUAUGUCUGACAUGAGCUCCCAAUGUGCAAUCAACGGAUGGGCUCUUGCUGGAAUUUUCUCACUUCUCUCGUGCGGACUAUUCGUUUCGGAAGGAAUUAUCACUGCUUUUUUUGGAAACUCACACGCGGCGGAGAACAAGGAGACAAUAGUCUGA